CCUGGCGCUGCACCCGGAGCGCUCCCUGGUGGCGACGGGUCAGGUGGGCAAGGAUCCGUAUGUGUGUGUGUGGGACACCUUCACCGCCCAGACCGUGUCACUGCUGCGUGACGGACACACACACGGCAUCGCCUGCCUCGCAUUCAGCGCUGAUGGACAGCGGCUGGCCUCGGUCGGCCUGGACGCCAAGAACACGGUGUGUAUCUGGGAGUGGAAGAGAGGGAAGAUCCUGGCCACGGCCACGGGACACUCGGACAGGAUCUUUGACAUCUGCUGGGAUCCGUUUCAGCAAAGCCGCCUGGUGAGCUGCGGCGUGAAGCACAUCAAGUUCUGGUCCCUGUGCGGUAACGCUCUCACACCAAAGCGGGGGAUUUUCGGGAAGACGGGCGACCUGCAGACCAUCUUGUGUGUGGCCUCGGCUAAAGAUGACAUCACGUACUCCGGGGCGCUUAACGGAGACAUUUACGUCUGGAAGGGACUCAACCUGAUCCGAACGGUCCAGUCCGCCCACAGCGCCGGUAUCUUCAGCAUGUAUUCCUGCGAGGAGGGCUUCGCCACGGGCGGCAGAGACGGCUGCAUCCGACUGUGGGACGUCGACUUCAAACCCAUCACUAAGAUCGACCUGCGAGAGGCCGAGCAGGGAUACAAAGGUCUGUCUAUUCGCAGCGUCUGCUGGCGAGCCGACCGGAUCCUGGCAGGGACGCAGGACAGCGAGAUCUUUGAGGUGAUGGUGCGGGACCGGGACAAGCCGCUGCUCAUCAUGCAGGGACACAGCGAGGGCGAGCUGUGGGCGCUCGACGUUCACCCCAAAAAGCCUCUGGCUGUCACCGGCAGCGACGACCGCUCCGUCAGGUUGUGGAGUCUGGUGGAUCACGCGCUCAUCGCUCGCUGUAACAUGGAGGAGGCGGUGCGCAGUGUGGCGUUCAGCGUGGACGGAUCCCAGCUGGCUCUGGGCAUGAAGGACGGAUCCUUCACUGUGCUGAGAGUCAGAGACAUGACUGAGGUCGUUCACAUCAAGGACAGGAAGGAGGUGAUCCACGAGAUGAAGUUCUCGCCGGACGGCGCCUACCUCGCUGUCGGCUCCAACGAUGGACUGGUGGACAUCUACGCUGUCGCCCAGAGAUACAAGAAGGUUGGAGAGUGCAGCCAGUCCUCCAGUUUCAUCACUCACCUGGACUGGACGCUGGACAGCAAGAUCCUGCAGACCAACGACGGAGCUGGAGACCGCUUCUUCUACCGGAUGCCCCUGGGGAAGCUGGUCAAUAAGGAGGAGAUCAAAGGUCAGCGCUGGGCCUCCUGGAGUGGCGUGCUGGGCUCAGAGGUCAGCGGCAUCUGGCCUAAAUACUCAGCCCAGACCGAGAUCAAUGCCGUGGACGCCAACCCCUCCGCCGCCGUGCUCAUCACCGGAGACGACCUCGGCCUCGUGAAGCUCUUCCGCUUCCCCUGCGUGAGGAAAGGAGCCAAGUUUAAGAAGUACAUCGGCCACUCGGCCCACGUCACCAACGUCCGCUGGUCACAUGACCUGCAGUGGGUGCUGACCACAGGUGGGGCCGACCACGCCCUCUUCCAGUGGAGGUUUCUGCCGGAGUCGGUCAUGAACGGAGGCCCGGACGUCAACAUCCAAGACAGUCACGGAGACUCCAACAGCGAGGAGUCGGACAGCGACGUGUCUGACGUCCCGGAGCUCGACUCUGACAUCGAGCAGGAGACGCAGAUUCACUACGACAGACCGGUGUAUAAGGAGGACCUGCCUCAGCUGCGACAGCAGAGCAGAGAGAAGAAGCAGCAGGUUGGAUCUCUGAAGAGGCAGAAAGGACCGGACCAAGGCCUGCGACUGCAGUUUGUUCACGGUUACCGUGGCUACGACUGCAGGAACAACCUGUUUUACACGCAGGGCGGGGAGGUGUUGUACCACGUAGCAGCGGUGGGCGUGGUCUACAACCGUCAGCUGCAUAGCCAGCGCUUCUACCUGGGCCACGACGAUGACAUCCUGAGCCUCAGCAUCCACCCGCUGAAGGACUACGCCGCCACGGGACAGGUGGGGAGGGACCCGGCCGUCCACGUGUGGGACAUCCAGACUCUGAAGUGCCUCUCUCUGCUCAAAGGCUUUCAUCAGAGAGGAGUGUGUGCGCUGGACUUCUCAGCUGAUGGGAAGAGUCUGGUUUCGGUGGGAAUCGAUGAUGGACAUUCGAUCGUCGUCUGGGACUGGAAGAGAGGAGAGAAGCUCGCCACUGCCCGGGGUCACAAGGACAAGAUCUUCGUGGUGAAGUGUAAUCCCAUGGUCACGGACAAACUGGUCACUGUGGGAAUCAAACACAUCAAGUUCUGGCAGCUUGCAGGUGGCGGUUUGACCUUCAAGCGCGGCGCUUUUAGGAGCAUCGGCCGGCCGGAGACCAUGAUGUCAGUGUGCUACGGCCGCACUGAGGCGCUGGUGUUCUCCGGAACCGCCACCGGAGACGUUUACAUCUGGAAGGAGCCGCUGCUGCUGAAAACGGUGAAGGCCCACGACGGGCCGGUGUUCGCCACGUUCUCCCUGGACAAGGGCUUUGUGACGGGUGGGAAGGACGGCGUGGUGGAGCUGUGGGACGACAUGUUUGAUCGCUGCCUGAAAACCUACGCCAUCAAGAGAGCAGCGCUGUCCCCGGGGUCGAAAGGACUGUUGCUGGAGGACAACCCGUCCAUCAGGGCCAUCACCCUGGGUCACGGUCACAUCCUGGUGGGAACCAAAAACGGAGAAGUUCUGGAGAUUGACAAGACCGGACCCAUGACCCUGCUGGUGCAGGGUCACAUGGAGGGCGAGGUUUGGGGUUUGGCCCCCCACCCCCUCCUCCCGGUUUGCGCCACCGUCAGCGAUGACAAAACGCUGCGGCUGUGGGAGACGUCAGCCAAUCACCGCAUGGUGGCCGUCCGCAAGCUGAAGAGAGGCGGUCGCUGCUGCGCCUUUUCUCCUGACGGGAAAGCGUUGGCGGUCGGUCUGAGCGACGGCGGCGUGCUGGUGGUGAACGCAGACACGCUGGAGGACCUGCUGAGCUUCCACCAUCGGCGUGACGCCAUUUCUGAUAUCCGCUUUUCCCCAGACUCAGGUAAAUACCUGGCGGUGGCGUCACACGACAGCUUCGUGGACAUCUACAACGUGCUGAGCAGCAAGAGAGUCGGCAUCUGUAAAGGAGCGUCCAGUUACAUCACGCACAUCGACUGGGACGCCCGAGGUAAACUGCUGCAGGUCAACACGGGAGCCAAAGAGCAGCUGUUCUUUGAAGCCCCGCGAGGAAAACGACAAACCAUCAGAAACUGUGAGCUGGAGCGGAUCGAGUGGGCCGGCUGGACGUCGGUUCUGGGCUCCACCUGUGAGGGAAUCUGGCCGACGCACAGCGACAUCACCGACAUCAACGCCACGUCGCUCACCAGAGACCACGCGCUGCUCGCCACCGGAGACGACUUUGGCUUCCUCAAACUGUUCAGCUAUCCCGUCAGAGGUCAGUACGCUCGCUUUAAGCGUUACGUGGGCCACAGCGCACAGGUCACAAACGUCCGCUGGGCUCAGGAUGACUCCACGCUCCUGACGGUGGGCGGGGCUGACACCGCCCUGAUGAUCUGGGUGAGGGAGCGAGGAGGCGUGGUCAGCGUGGAGGGGGACGGGCCUUUGUUUCGCGACAGCCGACCGCUCGUAGACAGCGAGGAGUCGGAUGACGACAUCGAGGAGGACGGAGGCUACGACAGCGACGUCGCCCGCGAGAAGACGGUGGAUUACACCACGAAGAUGUACGCCGUCAGCAUCAGAGCGAUGAGAGGAACCAAACCUCACCAACAGCUGAAGGAGCUCUCUGCUGAGGAGAGGGGAUCCAGGCCGCCAGUGAGCCGAGCGGCGCCGCAGCCCGAGAAACUCCAGAAAAACAACGUGUCUAAGAAGAAGCGGCCAGUCGAGGACCUGAUCUUGGACCACGUCUUUGGUUUUCGGGGCUUCGAUUGUCGUAACAACCUGCACUACCUCAACGACGGCGCCGAGAUCGUGUACCACACUGCCGCCACCGCCAUCGUGCACAGCCUGAGCACCGGAACGCAGAGCUUCUACCUGGAGCACACGGACGACAUCCUGUGUCUGACCGUCAACCAGCACCCCAAAUUCAAGAACAUCAUCGCCACCGGGCAGAUCGGUGACGGCGGUGAACUCCCAGGAACGACCCCCUCGAUCCACGUGUGGGACGCCAUGGGCAAGCAGACGCUGUCCAUCCUCCGCUGUCCGCACAGCAAAGGCGUCGGCUACGUGAACUUCAGCGCCACGGGAAAGCUGCUGCUGUCCGUCGGAGUGGACCCUGAACACACCAUCACGGUGUGGCGCUGGCAGGAAGGAUCUCGAGCGUGCGGGAAAGCCGGACACCCGGACCGGAUCUUCGUGGUGGAGUUUCGGCCCGACUCGGACGCUCAAUUCGUGUCGGUGGGAAUCAAACACGUGAAGUUCUGGACGCUGGCCGGCGGCGCGCUGAUGUACAAGAAGGGCGUGGUGGGGACGCUGGAGGACGGCAGGAUGCAGACGAUGCUGUCUGUCGCCUUCGGUGCGAAUAACUUGACGUUCACAGGGGCCAUUAACGGGGACGUGUACGUGUGGCGAGAUCACUACCUGCUGCGGGUGGUGGCGAAGGCUCACACCGGGCCGGUCUUCACCAUGUACACCACCCUGAGAGACGGACUCAUCGUCACCGGUGGAAAGGAGAGGCCGACGAAGGAGGGCGGAGCAGUGAAGCUCUGGGAUCAGGAGAUGAAACGAUGCCGAGCCUUCCAGCUGGAGACCGGGCAGCAGGUGGAGUGCGUGCGGUCGGUCUGCAGAGGCAAGGGUAAGAUCCUGGUGGGGACGAAAGACGGCGAAAUCAUCGAGGUCGGGGAGAAGAACGCGGCGUCCAACCUGCUGCUGGACAGUCACGCUCGGGGGGGAAUCUGGGGUCUGGGCGCUCAUCCAGCCAAAGAUCUCUGCAUCACGGCGAGCGACGACGCCACCAUCCGCCUGUGGGACCUCGCCGACAAGAAACUGCUGAACAAAGUGUGCGUCGGCCACGCGGCUCGCUGCGUCAGCUACAGCGCAGACGGAGAGAUGCUGGCGGUGGGGAUGAAGAACGGGGAGUUCCUCCUCCUCCUCUCCAAUUCGCUGAAGAUGUGGGCGAAGAAGCGAGACCGCAGCGCCACCGUCCAGGACAUCCGCUUCAGUCCCGACCGGCGGCUGUUGGCGGUCGGCUCCGUGGAGAACACGGUGGACGUGUACGACGUGAGCGCAGGGCCGACGCUGAACCGGCUGGUUUACUGCAGCGACAUCCCCGCCUUCGUCCUGCAGCUCGACUUCUCUGCUGACAGCUGCUACGUACAGGUGUCCACGGGAGCUUAUAAGCGGCAGGUGUUCGAGGUUCCUUCUGGAAAGCUGGUGAGCGACCCGAUCGCCAUCGACAGAAUCACCUGGGCAACGUGGACCAGCAUCCUGGGAGACGAAGUUUUGGGGAUUUGGCCUCGAAACGCCGACAAAGCUGACGUGAGCUGCGCGUGUGUGUCUCACGGCGGCCUGAACAUCGUCACCGGCGACGACUUUGGAUUGGUCAAACUGUUCGACUUCCCCUGCACAGAGAAGUUUGCCAAACACAAGCGCUACCUCGGCCACUCGCCUCAUGUGACCAACAUCCGCUUCUCCCACGACGACAAAUACGUGAUCAGCACAGGAGGAGACGACUGCAGUGUGUUUGUGUGGAAAUGUCUGUAAACACUCGGAUCCACAGCGCCUUAAACAGACCACAAGUGGAUCCAGAGGGAGUCGAACCCACAACCGGCCCGAGCCUCCAACGCCACGUGGGCCAGACUGCGACUAACCCUCCACGACGGACGGAUGCAUGGACAUGAACACAAAUCCUCGGGAGAACCCGCGGACUCUAUCAGCUGAUGUUUACAUGUUUGUCGUUUUCUUUUUUGGUCACAUGGUGAAAAAAACAUUAAAAUUUGUGCAAACAGGUUCAUAAAGUGAGGGAGCGCACAGCUGUAAACCAAUCAAACGACAGACCCCUCCCUCACUUUGGUCAACCACACGCUCAGAUUUGCACGUCAGUGCGCCCCCUACAGGGCUCAGCGGGAACCUUCCUGAUGAAUCACAUGACUCAGAGGAUCCAUCAGCUGGUAUCUGACCAAAACCCACAGGAUGACCUUGUUGGACGGUUUCUGCCACCUGCUGUUACCCAUAAGGCCUUGCGUUGGGUCGUCGCAGUGGUUUGAACAUUUAAGACAUUCCAGUCGGCUCAAAGCUGCUGCUUCCACAAAACUGAGCAGAAAUCAGAGUUUAAGGCAGCUCUAACUGAGCCGCGCUGAAGGUAAUUAAAACGGCUUCAAACGAACGUACGGAGGCCCACAAGUGUCACACAAGAACUAUUUCUCUAACAUCUUCAGACGCAAACGGUAACCUGAAGAUACUCGGUUACAUUCAGGGGUUAUUUUGGCAAUAAGUCAUUUACGAUAAAAUUCACACGCAUCUGUCAAAGUUUCAAAGAAAACAGAAACUAUAAAAAGAGACGUUAAAGUUAAAUUAGGAGGAAUAAACGCAAAGACA